GUUCUCGUCAAGUGGCGAAUCGACGGAGAGCGCUUCAGAGGAGACGCCAAAGACAACUCGCUCGGCGCCUGCCAAGAGUGGGCGUAAGGCGUCACCAAAAAAGGUGUCCAAGGACCCCAAGAAGGGUGGUAAGGACAAACCCAGAGCUGCGUCAAAGGUGACCAAAGCACCCAAGGCGUCCGGUGCGACCAAGAUGCCAGCAAAGGAAGCGCGUAGAGCGCCCAAGGAAGCGGUAGUUCCCAAGGAAGGGCCCGCAACGCCCAAGGCAGCUCUGAAUGCACUUGAUGCAGCGCAUAAGGAAGCCAGACCAGUCAACGCACUGGAUGCAGCAACUAAACAGGCGUCCAAACUUGACAAAGCACCAGACAAGGAGCCCCAAGCGGCGCCCGAGGACUCGCCCCAGGAGCCCAAGGCAGCGGCCAAAGCUCCCGAGGCGCCCAAGAAGAAAGGGAUGUUGCCAAAGCCCAAGAUGGUACCAGCUUCUAAGGCGGCCCCGAAAGAGGUCGCCAAAGCAGCACCGAAGGCAGCUUCUGAGGUAACAACGGCGCAGACCAACAAGGAUGUGCCCAAGGUGUCGAAGGCGCCAAACAAGUCGGUGCUGAAGCAGCUGCAGGCUCCCGAGGCAGCCCCCAAAGAGGUCCCCAGAGCAGCGCCGAAGGCAGCUUCUGAGGUACCAACGGAGCAGACCAACAAGGAUGUGCCCAAGGUGUCGAAGGCGCCAAACAAGUCCGUUCUGAAGCAGCCGCAGGCUCCCGAGGCAGCCCCCAAAGAGGUCUCCAGAGCAGCGCCGAAGGCAGCUUCUGAGGUACCAACGGAGCACACCAACAAGGUGUCCAACGCGUCGAAGGCGCCAAGCGAGGCGGUGCCAAAGCAGCCCGCACAGGCUCCCGAGCAG